AGGGGGCGCAGCAGUGUGUAAAGCAGCAAGAGAUGGGAGGAGAGCAUGAGGGGAACAUUAAACGAGGGGAACCUAAACUUACUCACCAGUUUUAACAUCAUUGUGCAGCCCGGUCUUGUGGGAUUAUAAUUACGACUGUCUUACACCUCUAACAAGGACCUCACAGAGAGGAGUCUUUAUCGCAAAUUUAGCUUAUGAAGCACUGUAAGGCACAGAUUGACGUGAACUAACUAUUGAACAGUACAGUACAUUGUAUUUGACAACACAAUGGCUGAGGCACCAAAACAGAAAAAACAGACAACCGUCAGGGAUAUUCUGGCAGCAGUUCAACAGAUACAGCCAGUCUACAAUCCAUUAUCUACUUAUGAAAAUAAAAUGUCUUCUGGCUUUGGUGUGUGCAUGGACGAAUGCUACCCAGGCAUCUACAUUGGUGACCUUGCAGCAGCAAAGAACAAAGAUUAUCUGAAGAUGAUUGGCAUAACACACGUCUUGAAUGCUGCACAGGGUAAUAAAUUUGCCACUGUGGACACUGAUGCUGAAUUUUAUAAAGAUGUUGGCAUCAAGUACAUGGGUAUCAAGCUGCUAGAUAUACCAUCAGCAAAUAUAGCCCAGUUUUUUGAUAAUAGCUCCCAAUUCAUAGAUGAUGCUCUGUCAAGUGGGGGAAAAGUGUUGGUCCACUGUUUUAUGGGCAUUUCACGCUCAGCAACAAUUGCUGCUUCAUAUCUAAUGUUGAAAAAACACAUGUCAGCUGUGGAGGCAAUACAAACUCUUCGUAAAAACAGGGCCAUAUACCCUAAUGAUGGGUUCCUCAGUCAGUUGGCUGACCUUGAUAACAGGCUGAGGAAGGAACGAGGAGAGCUUUAGAAAAGAUUUGAUGUGCUUUGAAAUGUUAUUAUAUUACAGUACAGUAUAUACUUUCUUUUCACACAUAGCAUGAUUAUUUUUUGUUAAAAAAUCUUUCCCUUGACAUAUUUUGUAUUCAUAUAAAUGCAGUAGAGUGCAUUGCACUUGGAUUGCAGAAAACAAGGGUUUAAAUAUUUUACAGGAACAUUUUAUUUCUGGUUCAGUGAGUUAUUGUGGAAGAUUUUUAAAACUUUCUUUAUUGUAGCAUUACAUAUCUGGUUCUCUUAUUGUGAUAUUGAAGAAAUUGAUGUUAAAAUGUGUUGAUGUUUCAGAUAUUUGUUGCAUAAUGAAUAAGCAGGUCAUUACAGAAAAACAUAAGCUUCAUAAGUGCUUAAUUAUUGGAUAUGUAUUGCAGUGGCAAAAUACAAGAAAAGAGAUGAAUACAUUCAGUAUACAUUAUAUGCAAGACUUGAUCUGCCCUGACUUUAAAUGGCCAAACUAAUGUGACUCAAGAUAAAGUAAUGAAAAUGAUAGUCACAUCAGAUGACAACCCUAAAACUUUCCACUGAUUUUAAUGACAACAGACUGUAGCUCAUAAAAAUCCAGUGGUUAUGUUCAAAUUACUCUUUGCAGUACUCUGCAUGAUGCUAUAUUAAUUUACAGUACAGUUUACAAAUAAAGUGACAGAUAAAUGCACACAUUUAUUUCAGUCAGUAAAGUUAUUAUAUAUUAUGUUUGACAUAUGGUAAGUAAAUAACUCACCUGACUCUUAACCAAAAUAUAUACCAUACUUGCUAUACUGUACUUACAAAAUUCUUAAGUACCUGUAGUAAAUAUUUCAGACAUAAAUUUACCAAAUUAUUUUCUCAUGUUAAAGAUUGAAAUUAUCUUAUUGACAGGAAUAAAGAAUGUUUGAUUGUCUGUCAUUUCUUUUUUAAUAUUCUGAUGAAUAUAGCCUUGAAAGCUACCAUAGAUCAUUUUUUUUUUAUUAAUAGGAUCAGUAGACAGAGAAGUAGGCUAGAGGCAGUAGAACUGUCAUAUUUGAGAGCAGUGUGUGUUGUGAAUAUUAUGUAGUAAAUUUGAAGCAUAGAAAUUAGAUGACAGGUGCGGUUACCAAAGGAAUAAUUCAGAAGGCCAAGAUGUGUUGUUGCAAGGGCUUAGAUAUUUAGAGAGGAUGGAGCUGAAGAGGAUGACCAAGAGGGUAUAUAUAUAGGUGGAAUGAAGGAGUGGGUAGGGACAUGUAUAUACGUACUGUGUGCAUGAAGUGUGCAUGCAUCACAUUUUAAAUGACCCUCCAAACAAUGGGGGAUGGGAUGUGGUUCAGAGUUAUUUGAAUUGUAAUGUCCACACACUUCUGACAAGAAAACCAUUGAAGGAAUGAUGGUGAAUGUGCUUCCUUCUUUGGGUCACCCUAUCUUGGUAGGAAAUGGCUAAUUUUAGUAAAAAUAUAGAUAUACUGUAGCUGUACUCUACAUAUAUAGAGUGCCUCAUCAAAGGCUAAUUUAGAAAUCAUAAAUAUAGGAGGAAUUUAAAGUUUUACAAUGGAUGGGAGAUUUUCAGUUUGAGAUACAAGGAGUUAUAAGAAAAAAUUCAAGGUAAAAAGUCAUCAUCUGAGUCCCACAAGGAUCUACUUUUACUUCGAUAAUAUUUCUGAUUUAUGUGAAUGACUUAUCAUGAAGACUUACAAAACCAUAUAAACAUUUUUGCUGUUGAUGCAAAAAUCCUGUGCAAAUCAAAUAAUAAAAAUGACUAAAUCCCUACAAGAAGACAGGGAUAAAUUAAACAAAUGGAGUGGCAGUAGUGAUACACUCAUAUGCAACACUGGAAGACUUCCCAGUAAACUUCAGAUGUGUAGAAGUUGACCAACAUAAGGUUGGUCAAAACUGGAAUUUGCAACACUAAUUUAAUGUGUCUGCCAAAAAAAAGCAUGUGAUAAAAGAAGAAAAAGCCUAAGAACAUGCUAUAAAAUAUGAAUUGGUAGUGUAUAUGAUAACCACUUGUAAGAUCAUAGCAGGAUACAAGACUGUUUCUUGAGUAGUGGAGGCUUGAUCCCCCAUCCUCUUCAAGGGGGGUUCCUUGGCGUGGUGAAGAGGCUCUUGGUCCGAGGAAUUAGACUUGUUGGUCUCCUUCCUCAGACCGAACCUAAUUACCCCCCAAUCCCCCUUCCCUAUCCUAUCUUCCCCAUCGUCCCUUUUUCUUUUCCUCUUUCUCCUCCCCAUCCCUCCCUUCUUUCCUUCCUCUUAUUGGCCUUUGGGAUUCUUCCCACAGGCACACUAGUUCCUAGGUAGAGGGAAGGGUACUGGGGUCCAUCCCAUUCCGUUGAGGUUCUUGGCGGUGGUGUAGUUUGCCGUGGAAUCUGGAUCGCCUGGGGAUGUCCCGAUCCCUCUCCGGUCUCCCGGGGGGUGGCUUUGGAUGUCUUUCGGGCAACGGGUGCAUCUCUGGAGGCUGCCUUUCAGAUUCCAGGGGUGGUGGCCAAAGGAGGUAUGCUUUGUGGCGGGUAUCCGGCCGCCCUCUUUUGUCCACCGAGGUAGCUCGGCAGAUGUGAAGUUGCUAUCCCGGAUUGCUGGUUUACUGGCAUAAAGGGUAGGAUAUGGCACGGGUUCCAUGCCGCAUCUGCGCUACUUGCGGUGCUGAGGUCCUCUUGGGCAUGGAGGAAGAUUUCCGGCCCUUUCAUUCCUCCUAGGAACUAUUCCUCCCCAUUCCCCCCUUUCUUUAUUCUUUUUUUUUAUUUUUAUUUUCUUUCUUUUUUUUCUUAAAAGCAAAAAGAAAGAAGUAACCUAACCAUGGAAGACCCAGUCCAUGACCCUGCUAUCCCCGGGCCCCUUCUUGAUACCGCACCCCAUUCUGACCCUGCCUAGUUUUUUGACCACUCUUCGGACACUCCUGAUGCCCCUGUACCUCUUGCUGGUGCUGUAUCAUCACCCGCUACAAGUACUGGGAUUUUGACUGACUCCUUCGAUUUGUCUGACCUCCACUCUCCUUUGACUAUGCUUCUGUCCUCUCCCUCUACGGUGCAGCAAUUUUCGAAUCACCAGCCCGUCCCAUAUCGGACCAACUCCGGUCCCACUCCUAAACGCCAACGUCAAUUGCCUGAUGAUGAUACUUCGCUACCUUCUCGUUCUACUCAGAAGAGGCCGACACGCCAUGCACUCCCUUUCCACGCUCAGUUUCAGAAUGCACAAUGGACUAAAUUCUUUACUUUACGACCGACUUCUUCUAUUGCCUAUCUUUAUAACCAUAGCAUUGGCAAGGUGCUCCUAUGCCAUGUUGGUAGAGAUAUUUCCUUUCCUUGUACAUAGCAAAUCAAAAUUGUAAUUACACACUGUAACCUUUACGAAGAAAUAAAAUUAUUAUUAUUAUUAUUAUUAUUAUUAUUAUUAUUAUUAUUAUUAUUAUUAUUAUUCAUGCUCGCAAGAGCGGUACGCGCAUCAUCACUGUCCAGAAUGCUCCCCAAAUUCAUAAUCUUUCCCUUCUUUCACAUGAUACUAUUCCUGUCACUAUUGAAAAACAUCAUUCCCUCAAUUCUUGUAGUGGCACUGUCAUUCUGCCCCAUACCAUAGUCCAACAGAAUUUCCAGACAUGUGGCAAUGACAUUCUCGAACAGCUGGAACUCCAAGAUCUCCCAAUCUUCAAAGUAGACACUUACGUCCUUCCUGCCUGCAGGCGGAGACGAUACCCUUGCAAUGUGGCUCGAUUAACUUUUAACAGCCGUGAACUCCCAUCCUCUGUUUAUGUAGCAGGACAUCGGUUACAAGUUCGAAAGGGGAUCCCUACACCGCAACAGUGUAGAAAUUGCUGGCGAUUUGGUCACCCAGCGAACUAUUGCAGAUCUAUAGCCGAAUGCCCAGUCUUUGGUGCCGAUGACCAUUCUAAUACGUCUUGUAGUCGACCUCCCUCUUGCCUUGUCAUGAGGCUCACCCUUCUUACUCUCACCAUUGCCAGGUCUACUUAACCCUUUCAGGGUUUCCGACGUACUAGUACAGCUUACACACUAGGGUUAUUGAUGUACUAGUACGCCUAAAUUAUAGUGCCUUCAAAUCUAGCGAGAGAAAGCUGGUAGGCCUACAUAUGAAAGAAUGGGUCUAUGUGGUUAGUGUGCACAGUAUAAAAAAAUUCCUGCAGCGCACAGUGCGUAAUGAGAAAAAAAAACUUUGACCGUGUUUUUGGUUUAAAACAGGGACUUUGCACUGUAUUUUCGUAUGGUAUUUAUGGUUGUAUUCUAGUUUUCCUGGUCUCAUUUUAUAGAAUGGAAGACAUAUUACGGAAAUUGAGAUGAUUUUGAUUGGUUUCACAAUGAAAAGUACCUUGAAAUUGAGCUCAAAGUAGCAGAAAUGUUCGAUUUUUGCCAAAGUUCAAAAGUAAGCAAAUCAUGCCACGCAUCCAAUACACAUCAACUGGUGAGUCUAAUAUUCUUUCACAAGUGCGCUGAUAUUAUUUAUAUCAUUUCUACACUAAUGCAGUAGUCUGCGUAACAGUAAAUCUUCUAUUUCUUGUUGGGAAUAAAAAUUCAAAGUGGAAAGCAAAAGAAAUGUAACAGAGGCCUGGGGACAUGACUAAUGAACAGAGGAAAUAUUAUUUUAGUGCCAGGAAUGUUUGUGUUGUUUAUUCUGGACCCUAUUUGGAAAUUGUCAUCUUUUGAAAUUUGUGUGAAAUUGGCAAAAUUGCUAAUUUCUGACCACUUUAUUGGAUAGUUGAAAUCGGUAAAUGGGUGGUUUCUUGUACUCAUUCGAGAGAAAAAUGGAGUUCUAGUGAAAUAGUUAUGAUUUUGUCAACUAGUACACUGGAAUUGGCCGAAAAUCGUCGCUGCAUAAACAUCGUCGAGACCGCUAACUUCACGAGAGCAUAAUUCCAUAAGUUUUCCAUCAAAUUUCAUACUUUUGGUGUCAUUAUGAUCGGGAAAAGAUUCUCUAUUUUUUUUCAUAAGAAAAAACAAUUCUUUUUUUUUUUUUUCGAAAAAUUUUCAACCUUGAGAACAAGUUUAGGAGAGGGCCUCUCAACCCUGAGUGGGUUAAAUGAGCAAGAAAUCCGUUUCCUUAAAGAGGCAGAAGGUCUCCCUUAUGGUAUGGCAGUUUCUCAUCUAUGCCUCUUAUUCUUGUGUUUCUAAACAUUCCCCCACUUCUGGGGUCCCGUUUUCUGCAACCUCCUCUGUGGUUACCCCUCCCAUAGUCACUCCUGUCUCUAAUUCUUUUGCUGUCCUGGGCUCAGAAGUCCCUACUUCAACACCUCCGUCUGUUCUCACAUCUUCAUGUUCUCCCUCACAAGCCCUGGUAUUGACAAGACCUCGUACGACACCUCCUCCCAAUCGCCCCUCUACUUCUCAGAAGUCCAAAAAAUCCCCAUUGCUCAAAUCUCCUUUAACCCCUCCUUCCCUUCUUCCACCUCCACAUUUUACCUUUCCAGUCUCUGUACCUGGUUCUCCCCCUCUCACUGGCUCUGUUACAAGUGUGGAGGCUCGCCCUCCUCCUCUUACUGUGCCUUCCUCCCCUGUCCCCUCCCAAGUUUCUUCCUCUUCUGUCCCCUCCCACACUUCUUCUCCAGUUCCCUCCACCCUUUCGUCAUCCCCUACUUUGGUACAGUCCAUUACUGUCCCAAUUUUUAUUCACCCUCCUCCUUCCAUCUCCAAUAUUGUCUCCCAUACAACGUCUUUGAGUUCCGAAACACUUGAAGCUAUCUCAGAAUAUAUUGCAGAGACUAAACCAUCAAUGGACACUGGUCCGCCCUCUGUUCCUUCUCUUUCCUCUCCUCCAUCUGCACAACUCCUUUCUUCACAGCGUUCCGUUCCUUCACUACUUGAACGUUUUCCGCUGCCACCACAUGUGGACUUUUCAAACCCCUCUAGUCCGUAGGUACCCUUACCUGUGGAUUUCUGGUAUCUUUAUUGCUACCAAUCAUGGCCUAUUUACAGUGGAAUAUCCGCGGCCUCAGGAGUAAUCAGGGUGAGCUUCAGAUGUUGCUUUCCCGGUUUUCCCCUGUUGGUGUUUGCUUACAGGAACUAAAAUUACACUCCGCUGUUAUCUGUCCCAUCUCAGGGUAUAAUUUACUGUAUUCUUCGGAUCCUUUUCCUGAUGGGACCUUUAAUGAAAGUGCACUUCUUCUUUGCACUGAUAUUCCAUACCAUCAACUAUUUGUUCGUAAAUCGCUGCAUUACACUGCAGCCCGUAUCCACUUGCAUAAGUGGUAUACAAUCUGUUCUUUGUAUCUCUCUCUCCUUCUCGGGCAUUAUCUAUACCGGAUGUUGCCUUUCUUGUCUCGUCCUUACCACCACCACUUCUGUUACUAAGCGAUUUUAAUGCUCAUCAUUUCCUCUGGGGGGGGAUCUCACUGUGAUUCCCGUGGCAUUCAGUUGGAGGCUUUUCUUGCUUCUCACCCCCUCCAUGUUUUAAAUACAGGUACUCCCACCCAUUUUGAUCCUCAUACUCAUACUCUCUCUUGCAUCGAUCUCUCGGUCUGCUCUUCCUCCACUGCACUAGACUUCACCUGGUCUGUUCUCCCGGACUUACAUGACAGCGAUCAUUUUCCAAUCAUUCUUCUCCUUCAUAUUUGCCACCGCUUCGUAGCCCACGCUGGUAAUUUGAUCAAGCAAAUUGGGACCUUUACUCACAACUAACUGCUUUUAGUGAGGUCCCUUCUUCGUCCUCCAUUGAUGAGCUUUUACACAUCUUGUCCUCAGUUUUAACUGCAGCUUCUCAUUCUAUACCCUAAACCUCAGUCAGGCAUUCUCAGAAUUGCGUGCCUUGGUGGUCUUCUGCUUGUGCUCACGCAGUACGUUUGAAACAUGCUGCGUGGGGCAGGUACUGGUACAGUAGAACCACUGAGAGACUUCUUGAUUUUAAGGAGAAGCGUACAGUCACUCGCCGUGUCAUCCGUGACGCUAAACACACUUGCUGCCGAGUUUAUGUUUCCACCAUCACUUCUGCUUCCUCUGAGUGCAGUCUGGAAAAAAGUACGGAAACUGAGUGGUAAAUACUCUCCUGACCCGGCUCCUGUUCUGCGGAUUGCUGGUGUUGAUGUAGCAAACCCUCUUAACGUUGCCGUUGAAAUUGGUAAUCAUCGGGUCCGUAUUUCUCAGGGGCUACAUCUAUGCCCCUCGUUUCUUUCCUCAAAGUCUGCCAGAGAGUUAGUGCCCUUAGACUUUUCUUCUCUCAAAGAAGAAUCUUAUAACGUGCUUUUUACACUUCAGGAACUGGAGGCAACACUCUCAGCUUGCCGAUCAUUGGCAGCUGGGCCAGACGACAUUCGUAUUCGGAUGUUACGAUAUUUACAUCAGUCAGCCCUUGAAGUCCUCUUACAUCUCUUCAAUCUUAUUUGGUCACAAGGAGUUCUUCCCAAGCUGUAGAAAUCUGCCGUUGUUCUCCCUUUCCGCAAACCAGGUACUACAGGACAUGAUGCCUCCCACUACCGUCCCAGUGCUCUUACCAGUGCAGUUUGCAAGGUGAUGGAACGUCUGGUACAUCGACGUUUAACCCUUAAACGGUCCAAAUAGAUCGACUUUCAAAUCCGUAGUGCUCCAAAAGUAGAUCUAUGUUGUUUUUUUUUCAUAUUUUCAAAUAUAGCAAAAAAAAAAAAAAUGCAGAUAAAGUUUUUUACACAUUUUCAAAUGUAAAAAAAAAAAGAUGAUGUACAUUUUUUUACACACUUUCAAAUGUUGAAAAAACGUAUAUACAGUGGACCCCCGGUUAACGAUUUUAAUCCGUGCAAGAGAGCUCAUUGUUAUGCGAAAUUAUCGUUAUGCGAAUGAAUUUUCCCCAUAAGAAAUAAUGGAAAUCAAAUUAAUCCGUGCAAGACACCCAAAAGUAUGAAAAAAAAUUUUUACCACAUGAAAUAUACAUUUUCCUACUCACAAAGAGAAUGAUACAUGCACAAUAGUAGAGUAGUACAUGCACAAUAUAUAUUGUGCAUGUACUACUCUACUAAAUGAAGAAUAAAUGACACUUACCUUUAUUGAAGAUGCAGCAAUGACUGAUGAGACACUGUGUCCUGGGAGUGCCUUUUCCUCCUGAGUACUGUAGGUCCUGUUUGGCAUUUUCUUCCAGAACAGGCCUUAUCACACUGUGUAUGCCACUACGAUUCUUAAAUCUCUCAAACCAACCUUUGCUGGCUUUAAAUUCACCAAUAUGAGCACUAGUUCCAGGCAUUAUUCCCUGUUCACCUGGGUGUUAGUCGACUUGUGUGGGUUGCAUCCUGGGAGACAAGAUUAAGGACCCCAAUGGAAAUAAGUUAGACAGUCUUCGAUGACACUGACUUUUUUGGGUUAUCCUGGGUGGCUAACCCUCUGGGGUUAAUUUUUUCUUGGUAUUCUCAAUAAGCCACACCAACAACGGUGCUACAGCAGCAGCAGACGAUGCUACAGCAGCAGCAGACGGUACUACAGCAGCAGCAGCAGCUGACGGUGGUACAACAGCAGCAGCAGCAGCUGACAGUGCUACAGCAGCAGCAGACGAUGCUACAGCAGCAGCAGACGGUACUACAGCAGCAGCAGCAGCUGACAGUGGUACAGCAGCAGCAGCAGCUGACGGUGCUACAGCAGCAGCAGCAGCUGACAGUGCAGCAGCAGCAGCAGCUGACGGUGGUACAACAGCAGCAGCAGCUGUACCACCAAUAGUAGCGAUGGUUGAUUGGGGUUUAUUAUACAACCUGGCCAGCUCGGAGACAUGCACUCCACUUUCAUACUUAUCAAUGAUCUUUUUCUUCAUCUCUAUAGUAAUUCUCACCCUUAUUGCUGUAGGGUUGGCAGUAGAAGCUUUCUUGGGGCCCAUGGUCACUUAUUUUGUAGAUAAAAUCACCAAAAACACUGUAAUAAUACAAAAUGUUCCGAUUGUAUGCUUGGAUGUUACCGCGGAGGCUGGCUGGUAAACAAUGCCACCGGCGGAACAUGUGAGCGUGGCUCAGGCCGCACAUAGACGCGUCUCAGACGAACAGCGUUGAGUGGGUUUUUUAGCGGUAUGCGAGGCAAAAUCAUGGUGAUAAAAUGUAGCGGUAUGCGGAUUUAACGUUAUGUGAUGCCAACGGUAUGCGGGGGUCCACUGUAUACGUUUGGACCGUUUAACUCUUUGAGGGUCGACAGGCCCUCUCCGAAACUCGUUCUCAGGGUCGGCCAAAUUUAAAAAAAAAAAAAAUUAUUUUCUCUUAUGAAAAGAUAGAGAAUCUUUUCCCGGUCAUAAGGACACCAAAAGUUUGAAAUUUGAUGGAAAACUUACGGAAUUAUGCUCUCGCAAAGUUAGCGGUCUCGGCGAUGUUUACGCAUCGGCGAUUUUGCCCACUUUGAGCCCCAUUUUCAGCCAAUUCCACUGUACUAGUCGACAAAAAAACAUGAAUAUUUUGCUAGAACUCCAUUUUUUCUAUCGAAUGGGUGCAAGAAACCAACCAUUUAUGAAAUUCAACUAUCCAGUACAGUGGUCAGAAUUUAGCAAUUUUACCAAUUUCACACAAAUUUCAAAAGAUGCCAAUUUCCGAAUAGGGUCCAGAAUAAACAAGAAAGACAUUCCUGGCACUAAAAUGACAUUUCCUCUGGUCAUUAGUCACGUCUCAAGGCCCCUCUUAUAUUCUUUUGCUUUCCACUUUGAAUUUUUAUUCUCACAAAAAAUAUAAGAUUUACUGUUAUGCAGACUACUGCAUUAGUGUAAAAAAUGGUAUAAAUAUUAUUGGUGCACUUGUGAAAGAAUAUUAGACUCACCAGUUGACGUGUAUUGCACGCUUGGCACGAUUUGUUUACUUUUGAAAUUUGGUAAAAAUUGAACAUUUCUGCUACUUUGAGCUCAAUUUCAAGGUAUCUUUCAUUGUAAAACCAGUCAAAAUCAUCUCAAUUUCUGUAAUAUGUCUUCCAUUCUAUAAAAUGAGACCAAGAAAACUAGAAUACAACAAUAAAUACCAUACGAAAAUACAGUGCAAAGUCGCUGUUUUAUUCCAAAAAAAUGGUCAGUUUUUUUUUUCUCAUUAUGCACUGUGUACUGCAGGAUUUUUUUUAGACUGUGCACACUGACCACAUAGGCCCAUUCUUUCAUAUGAAGGCCUACCAGCUUUCUCCCACUAGAUUUGAGGGCGAUAGAAUUUAGGCGUACUAGUACGUCAAAAAUCCUGGGUCAUAAGCCAUACUAGUACGUACGUCCGAAACCCUCAAAGGGUUAAGGGUUAAUGUGGUAUUUAGAGACACACAACAGUCUCUCCACUAGUCAAUAUGGCUUUCGUAAGGGUCGUUCUACCAUAGACCCCGUACUGCGCUUGGAUACAGAUUUUCGUAAUGCAUUUGCAAAUAACCACUCAAUUAUUGCAAUAUUUUUUGACCUUGAGAAGGCAUGUGACACAUCUUGGAGGUAUAAUAUUUUGGCCCAAGCCCACUCCUUAGGCCUCCGAGGCCUAACUGACAGACAUUUCCUUGUUCGGGUUAAUAAUAUGCUCUCCCCGGACUUUGUCCAAGCUGACGGUGUUACCCAGGGAUGUGUUCUGAGCACAACACUUUUUCUCCUUGCUAUAAAUGAUUUGGCCUCUCUUCUUCCAUCCAAUAUUUGGUCAUCACUCUAUGAUGAUGACUUCGUUAUUGCUUGUGCAGGCGUUGACUGCCACCUCAUUACAGUUUCUCUCCAGCAUGUGGUCAAUUGUGUUUCCAAUUGGGCCACCACGCAUGGGUUUAAAUUUUCCAGUACUAAAACACACCAAAUUACUUUCGCUAGACACUCUGUCAUCUCUGGUCAUCCUUUGUACCUCUGUGGCUCAUGUAUCCCUGAAUGUGAUACGGUCAGUUUUUUAGGCCUUCUCUUUGACCGUAGGUUAUCCUGGAAACCUCCCAAGGCAACUUGUCACAGCCAGCUGAACCUUCUUAAAACCCUUGCUCAUCUUUCAUAGGGAGGUGAUCGUCGAACUCUCCUUCACCUACAUUCAGCCCUUAUUUCAUCGAAACUCGAUUGUGGUGACCAGAUCUAUUCAGCGGCCUCUCAUACUACUCUCUCUAGCCUUAAUCCCAUCCACCACCAGGGAUUACGUUUAUGCCUUGGUGCUUUCCACUCUUCCCUGUUGAAAGCCUCUAUGCAGAAGCGAAUAUUCCAUCCUUCUCCGAUUGCCGUGAUGCCCAUUGCCUUCGCUGCUAUGUUUGUUCUGAUGCUCUCCCAAAUCCUUCCAUAUAUAGAAUAGUCACCGAUGUUAGUAGACAUUCUUUAUUUGUUCGUCGCCCCUGUUUGCUCCGUCCCUUUCUCUUCGCCUACAUUGGCUCUUGUCUUCCCUUCAGUUACCACCUUUCUAUGUUCAUGUAGCAUCUCACUUUUCCCUGCCCCCCUGGGAAGUUCCAGCUGUUCGAGUCUGUUCUUUCUCACUCCCUUGCGCGAAAGCCCAACUGCCUACGGUUGCUUCCCGCUCACUUUUUCUUGACCACUUCCGCUCUCAUUCUCAUGCCAUUGCAGUGUACACGGAUGGCUCUAAGUCCUCUGACAGUGUCAGAUUCGCAGCAGUGUUUCCAGACAGUGUCAUGUGAGGGCAUUUACUAUAAUAGGCUAGCAUUUUUACUGCUGAAUUGUAUGCCAUUCUUGCAGCACUUAUCUGUAUUGCAUCUAUGCCUGUGUCAUCAUUUGUUUCAGACUCCCUUAGUGCUUUACAGGCUAUACGAAAAUUUUAUACACCUCACCCCCUCAUUCUCCGUAUCCAACUUUGGUUACACUGUAUCUCUACCAAGCAUAAAGAUAUUGAUUUUUGUUGGGUCCCUGGUCAUGUUGACGUACAGGGCAAUGAACAGGCAGACACUGCCGUGCAGUACAUGACUUUCCAGUACAUGACUUUCCAGUUUCAUAUAGAGGUGUUCCAUUUAUGGACUAUUUUGCUGUAAUAGCAUCCCACCUUCACACCCGUUGGCAACGACGUUGGUCUGAUCUGCUCGGUAACAAACUUCAGUCUAUUAAACCGAGUAUAAGUUACUGGCUGUCUUGUCAUCAGUGUCAAGGUUGGGAGACUACUCUUUCCCGUCUUUGCAUUGGCUACACUCGUCUUACUCACGGGUAUCUCAUGGAGAGGCACCCAGUUUCUCUCUGUGAGAAUUGUCAGAUUCCAGUAUCGGUUAGCCAUAUUCUGUUAGACUGCCCACUCUGUCAAAGAGCAUGCAGAAUUUACCUCCAACACCGUCUCCGCUCUGCUGCUCUCUCUUUACCUUCCCUUCUUGCUGAUGGAUCCUCCUUUAAUCCGGACUCUCUAGUUGACUUUUUGACAACUGAUUUACUCCACAAACUCUGAUGAUGAUACCUUUAGCACUCCCCUCAGCCCUUUCUACCUCACUCUCUUGCUACCCUCUACUCCCGCACUAUCCACUGUCCCGCUGAUCUCCGUAACCUACUAAUCAUCCCUCUCCCUUUUGCCACCCGAUACCCUCGCUUCCUUCCCUGCCUGCAGUGCUGUAUAGCCCUUGUGGUUUAGCGUUUCUUUUUUAUUAUAAUAAUAAUAAUAAUUGAUCCCCCAUCUAUUUAUUGCAAUCCAGUGUCCAGUCAGCGUUAAAGAUAAAAGAAAAUAGGUAACAAAGACUUGAUGGCCUUAAGAACUGGAAGAACAUAGUGCUAUGAUUGCAAAAUAAGACAAAAUAGUACUGAAAGGGUACUAGAAAGUAUUUCUUAACAAAAAUAGUAGUACAUUGCUAGAAUGAGAUUCAAGAAAUGGAAAUAAAUGCUACAACCAUUGGGAGCUUUAACAAUUUACAGUACAGACUGAAUGACCCAUAUGGGUUUAGCACUUUUUGUGACCAUAAUAUUUAACAAAUUAAACAGCUAAAGAUGGGACACCCUCAAGCAUUGCUACAAUAACAACACAUGGGUAAUCAAAUACAGUGACACAAGCAUAACAUGAACAUCACACUCUAGGCUGCAAACAAAGGAAUGUGCUUAAAAAAUUUAGAGAGACUCCUUGUGAAGACACUUUACCACAUGCAUGCAACCAAUCCUUGGAUAUACUGUUCUUUUGUGGAACCCAUACAUAGUGAGAUAAAGCAAAAUCUGAGAAAAUGCAAAGGUAUGCAUCCAGACUGGUGCUUGAACUGAGAGGACUGAGUAGGCGGGAAGGGGAGACCCUGAGAGAUGCAAGUUGUUCUUGUAAGAAUGGUUGGGAAGGGUAUGAGGUCAUGACAUACAGAAUAGGGCAUUGGCAAAUUUACACAAGCCAGACUUUACAAGGGAAGGAUCUAAACCAAGAGGUCAGAUAUGGAGAUAGCAAACCCAUGCAAACCCCAGAGACAAAGAAACACCUCUUCAAUAUAAGAGAAGUAAUAGUGUGCAGUGGAAUGAGCCAGACACUGGUAUAAUAGAAACUGACUAUAUAGGAAAGCUCACAACUUCAAUUUAAAAAAAUUAAUAAGGUGACCCAAGCACUAUACCCUCACCCCAUCAAACUCAAAUAGAUAAUUCCACAAACUCAUACAUAUGAAAGUUGUUGAUUCACAGAGUAAGUGGUAGGACAGUGGAAUGAUUUAGAAGUAAGGAUAAUAAGUACAACUCCUGGAAAUUAAAAAAAAAUAUAUGAUAGAUUAGACACCACAAACUUUACUCUACUCCUGUAGCUACGAAGAGGAAAUCAUAAAAUGAAAUACGGUGGACCCCAGGUUAUUGGCUGGUUUGGUUAUCGGCAGGUUUUUUGGCGCCCAGUUAUCAGCCGUUUGCUUGGUUAUCGGCCAUUUUGGACACGUGCAUCUGCCAGCUGGGGCAGCUUGCGCUUCAGUUUGGCUUUGUCUAUCGGUGGCUGAGGAAGCUUCUGCUCAUACAUCCAAACAUUUUGCUUGUUUACCAUUUUUUUAGUGGUUUUUCUUGCAGUGCAACUGUGAAAUAGGUAAAGAUGGCUCCAAAGAAAGUUCCUGUGGUAAAGAAAGUGAGAAACACCAUGGAAUUUAAGCAUGAAGUGACAGAAUAGUUUGAGAAUGGUAUGAAGGUGAUGGAACCUGCCAGGAUGUACAGCAAGAAUAAAUCAACAAUUACAUCCAUCCUGGCAAAGAAAGAACAAAUCAAAGAUGCUAAUGUUGCAAAAGGGUAACUUUUCUAACUAAACAAGGGCCACCAAUAAUGGAAGAGUUGGAAAAGUUAUUAUUAUUGUGGAUUAAGGAAAAAGAAUUAGCGGGAGACAGUGUUGUGGAGUCGAUCAUUUGUGAGAAGGCAAAGCAAUUGCAUGAGGAUCUUGCAAAGAAAAUGCCUGGAACAAGUGCUGCAGUUUGUGAAUUUAGGGCCAGCAAAGGAUGGUUUGAUGGAUUUAAGAUGCGUAGUGGCAUACACAGUGUUGUAAGGUAUGGUGAGGCUGCAAGUUCUGACAAAUGUGCAGCUGAAAAGUAGGUUCCCACUUUAGGGAAAUCUUAAGAGACACCAGAAACAGACCACUCUGGACAGUUAUUUUGUGAGACAGGGGUCCAGUGACUUUCAAGCUGGUCCUAGUGGCAAUAAAAGACAGAGAAGGGAAGUAACCCCAGAGAAGACUUUGCUACCUAAAGUCUUUAUGGAAGGGGAUUUCCCUUCCAAUCACUAACUCCUCCCUCUUUCCUCCUCCCUAUCUUCCAGAAGCCAGCAUUAGCCUUCAAUAAAGGUAUGUAAUACUUACAUAAUUGUUAAGAAAAUCAUUUUUUUGUGAAUAUUUUUGUUUGGAACAGAUUAAUUGUACUUCCAUUAAUUAUUAUGGGAAAUACUAAUUUGGUUAUCGGCCAUUUCGGUUAUCAGCCGACCUUCUGGAACAGAUUAUGGCUGAUAACCGUGGGUCCACUGGUUAAGAACUGGGGCUCUGGAGUUAUAAAAAAAAAAUGGUGAGUGUAUAUUUUUCUUGCCUUAAAAAUAACAAAAUAUAAAAAUACUUUGUGAUUUAUUAAUGCUGUGAUUAAUUUUAUAUUUUCCAUUAUCAGUGAGAAAAGCUGUAGCUGUAAAAAUACUGACAGGUUCUUUUGGAACUCCAUUAACCUAAACCUCUUUUGGAACAAGCCUGUGAUAUAACCUGGGUUUCAAUAGCUGUGUGUGUACACAUAGAAAUAUAUAUAAUACCAGUAGUUAUUACAUGAGGAAUUAAGUCAAUAUCUUGAACACUAUCUUCAACACUGCCUUGCAAUUUAACCCUUAAAUGGUCCAAACGUAUAUAUACGUUUUUUCAACAUCUGAAAGUAUGGAAAAAAAUGUAGAUCUUUUUUGUUUUACAUUUGAAAACAUGUAAAAAAAACUUUUAUCUACAUUUUUUUUUUUUAUAUUUGAAAAUAUGUAAAAAAAAAGUAGAUCUACUUUUGUAGCACUACGAAUCUGAACGUCGAUCUCUUCGGACCGUUUAAGGGUUAAGUAAAAUAACUAAUUUUUUUUUUUAUAUUUUAUUUAAAACUGUAAUUACAAAAAAACAUGUAUUACAAAACAGCCGAAAUAUUAACAGUGUAAAUAUUUGUAUGACAAACAGCAUACAUGAGAAAAACACCCAUAUCACAAAACAUCCAAGAAACCACCACAUCAUCCACACCACAUAAACACUCCCACAAUACAGAAAGUUACAUCACAGUAUAGUAGUUUUAAAGCAUAAUUUUUUUUUUUUUUUUUCAACAAGUCGGUCGUCUCCCACCGAGACAGGGUGACCCAAAAAAGAAAGAAAAUCCCGAAAAGAAAAUACUUUCAUCAUCAUUCAACACUUUCACCACACUCACACAUUAUCACUGCUUUUGCAGAGGUGCUCAGAAUACAACAGUUUAGAAGCAUAUACGUAUAAAGAUACACAACAUAUCCCUCCAAACUGCCAAUAUCCCAAACCCCUCCUUUAAAGUGCAGGCAUUGUACUUCCCAUUUCCAGGACUCAAGUCCGACUAUAUGAAAAUAACCGGUUUCCCUGAAUCCCUUCACUAAAUAUUACCCUGCUCACACUCCAACAGAUCGUCAGGUCCCAAGUAUCAUUCGUCUCCAUUCACUCCUAUCUAACACGCUCAUGCACGCUUGCUGGAAGUCCAAGCCCCUCACCCACAAAACCUCCUUUACCCCCUCUUUCCAACCCUUUCGAGGACGACCCCUACCCCUCUUUCCUUCCCCUAUAGAUUUAUAUGCUUUCCAUGUCAUUCUACUUUGAUCCAUAUAUAUACUAUAUACAUGUAUAUGAAAACCCAAUACACAUAACCUAGAUCAUAACACAAAAUAAACAUAUAGUAUGUGCGUUUCACAGAGACGCAUAGACAAAAUACCUAGUAAUACAUAAGCUUACGGAAGCCAGUUAAAUCAUUUCUAUAAUUCACACUCUUGGAGAUUUUAUUUAAAACAGUACAUCCAAUAUACAUGCAUAUGUUAAAACCAUAAAACAUGACAUAAUGCCGUAUAGUGACCUAUACCGGUUCUUCCCACGUCUCUAAUCAUAUUACAAACAAGUACAGAAUAACUAAACAUGAUCCCCCCUACUACUCGCUACACCCAAACGACAAAACAUGUGUCGACACAUCAGAGAUAUCACGUUCCCCAAUACUAUAUCUAAAACACAAGUCUGUCACACAACAAGGGAUACAAGCACAUAUGCUGCCUCCCCCCUCUCUCCACACAAGACUUUAUGAAUAAUGAUAAAAUAAAAGAGGCUAACACCUUGAAUAUUUAAACCUACGUUUACACGCUUUACGUACAAUAUAGAUACAUAUUUCAAAACACAAAACCUGACAAAAUGUCAAUGGUGACCUAUACCAGCUCUUUCCUCCUCUCCACACAGUGUACAUAAAACUACAUACGUUUCAACCUCCAGCCCCAGCACAGCCUGAACAUCUCAAUCGUAUGCCCAACAUAGGGAAAACCAAAUCUUCACCAUACAUGAUAACUUAAAUUUGUUACGACAUGAUAACAAGUUUGCUCUCUUUCACCCUCCCCACUCCCGGCUAUGCCCACCUUUCAGGUUGUCCCCUCGCCUUUUUGUAUGCCAAAACCACAAGAGACGUUGGACUUUCCAUUAUAUUAUAAACAAAUCCUAUGCUCCAACGAAAGCAUUCAUGAUUUUAUUGACAAUGGGAAUCUAACCUACCAUUUUUGCUGUCCCAUGCAGCAUUCGUUGACUUCAUCUGAUAUUAUACAUAGCUACAUAAGGCAGUCUUCUAUGUCUCACACACCCUAUAGUCUCAAAAGGUACUCAUGUCUCUGCUACCUACGGAGACCUGGGCAUUAAUUUACAAGAUUAAUUAACAUCAUCCAACCUACAACAUUUCUCCUUCUUCGAUACACCAUGCGUUGCCACCCACCUUAUAUUGAAAUACUCUAUCCACUCUAGGGAGUUCAGUUCGAAAUUCAAUUUUUUUUCUAAUUUGUUUGUUUGUUUUUGAACUAUGUAUGUGGUGGUAGAAGGUGUGCCUUAAAAUUUUUAAUUUGCAAACAUUUAUUCUUUGAUUUAAUUUUGUUGCAAUGAAUGUUAAAGAUGCACUGUGCACCCCUGAUGUUUAUAUCAGUUAGCUUAUGGUAAAAUUGGUCUUGUUAUAUGUCAUUUCACUUAAAGUCACAGUUUCCAAGAACCUAUCAUUGACAUUAAGUGUUGACUUACUAUACUGUACAUUGCUUUUAGUUUCACUGGAAAAAAAUAAAUGAAACUAGAUAUGGAAUAUUAUAAAUAACAAAAAGGCACAAUACCGUGACUGGAACGAUACACAAAUAACCCUCACAUAAAAGAGAGAAGCUUACGGUCCAAGUCGGACCGAAACGUCGUUGUAAGCUUCUCUCUUUUAUGUGCGGGUUAUUUGUGUAUGGAAUAUUAUGGUUGGGAAAUGCAUCUCUGAUCAAAACAUGAGUGUCAAUGGGAAAAAUAGGUUCCAAGCCUCAAAAAUUUGAAUGACGAACAAUUUUUAGGAACACACUGGCAUCGUAAGUUGGAGCCCUACUGUAUAUGAAUUUUUCACUGGUUUUGAAACACUUUACCUCUUUGAACUAAUCUCCCAGAAUGUAAGAGAAUCUAUUCCAACAUGUUUGUUUAGAACCUGUAUUAGACUUUAACUUAUCAACGUUCUAUAUAAAUCUCUUGCCUUUAAUUUCCCCGGCUCUCGUGCCCGCAUUAGUGCCCUCAGUACUCUAAAUAGCUAAUUAGUGUCUGGGAAUAGCUCUUGCAUCUUCAGCAGUGUAUUUUAAUUUGUGCUUUACAAAGUUUUAUCAGUAGCUUUAUUUUCAAUAUGAAAUUUUACUUAGCCAUAUUGAUACUGUGUUGAGUGUUCAUUCAUAAAAAUAUACGACUUCAUAACGUUAAUUGCUCCUUAGAUACGUGUGUACAUGUGAUUGGAGAUCAUGUUCUUCAUACAUCAACCUCCUAGUCCUUUUCUAAAUCUUCCAUGUCUAUAAAGCUGUUAACUUAGCAUUUUAUUGAAUAUUGUAUUAAAGUAAUUACAGUGCAGUAUGGCCUCGACUUACAGCGCUCUGACUUAUGAUGAUACUUACAGUUUUGGCACUUUGGAACCAUUUAAUUAUUUAUGAACAAAGAAUAAUCCCUCCAAGUGGCCAGACUACUUACGACCAUGAAAAUAUCACUUCAUUGAGUAAGAGAAUAUCAGUAUUGAAUAUAGUUGAAAUAUAAUUUUUUUUUUUUUUAGCACAUGCAUUGAUAGUUUGUGUAUGUUCAUUUUAUGCAUGUGUAAAGAAUUCAUGUUUGUUUGGUAGAGAUUGGUCAAGAGCUGCAGAUUCAUAAGUUAUGUUAUUUGAAAGGCUGAACUAUAAUGCAAGAACUAUAAUGCACACAUGGGAGGUAUUGACAAAAGUAACAUGUUGAUGCAUCUGCACAAAACACCUAUGAAAUCUAAACGUUGGUACAUGCAGCUGUUUGCCUAUGUUCUUGAUCUUGCUGUUGUGAAUGCAUGGCUUCUUUACUGCCGUGAUUGUAAAUCACUCAGUACCAAGUGCAUGCCACUGAAGAUUUUCAGGAAUGAUAUCUCUAUCACUGCAAGAUCCAAAGGACAAAAGUUUGGAUGCAGCAUCAGAACAACUACAAGAGCUUCAACAAGUAAUUCCAGUGGUGACAGUAAUGAUUUACCAACCUUGCAAUUGCCAGUUGUUAUGCAGUACCAACGUGCAAUAAGGCCUGAUGACAGUGUGAGAUUUGAUACAAUGCUAGGUCACUGGCCAGUGCUUGGCAAGGUACGUACUUGUAAGUAUUGCAGCAACGAGAACAAUUAUACCACAUCGUCAUUUUACUGUUCCAUAUGCAAAGUAAAUCUAUGCAUAAAGAAGGAUAAAAAUUGCUUCAUAGGCUUUCAUUCUAGCAAUUAGUAAUACAGAAUGAUUGUUCUUUCUCAGGAAACUCAGGAAUAUGGGACUUGAAAAUUUUAUCCCUUUGCAAUGUGUCAAUGUAGCUAUUUGGUUUAUUUUUAUAUUUUUCUAAUACUUACAAAAUGUUUGGAUACAAGUUCCAUUUAUGCUUUUGAUAUUGCCUGUUUGUAUAAUAAAAAAAUAGUUA